GGUACGUUCGCCGAUGUCAAAAGCGUAUGGAUAAGAAGCCAUUGUGCCGUGUAUUGAAAAAGCCUUCAUUGAUUUGAGUAUUGUCAUUCUACUUUACCUGGUAACCCUGCAGAGCCUUCAACAUCAUGUCAGCCUGGUCGGAUAAAAAGUCGCAGAACCGCACUCUGCGGAUUCUCCAAGCCGCAACCGAGGGCAAAUACGGCGUCCUCGCCGCCGUCGCCUACAACGUCGAGCACCUCACGGCCCUCGUGAGGGCUGCCGAGGCCAAGAGGUCGCCGAUGCUCAUCCUGCUGUUCCCCUCGACCGUCAAGCAGCUCCCGACGCUGCCGUGGGCCGUCGCCGCCGCCGUCCAGUCGGCCACGGUGCCCCUCGCGCUGCACCUCGACCACGCCCAGGACGAGGCGCAGAUCCGCGACAUCACCGCGACGCUGCCCUUCGACUCCAUCAUGGUCGACAUGAGCCACCACGACCACGCCGAGAACCUGGCGCGGACGAAAGUGCUCACGCGGGUGUGCCACGACCACGGCAUCGCCGUCGAGGCCGAGAGCGGGCGCAUCAACGGCGGCGAGGACGGCAUCGCGGACACGGGGGAUUUGGAGGCUCUGUUCACCAGCCCCGAGGAGGUCGAGGACUUCAUCGAGGCCGAGAUCGAUCUCCUAGCGCCCAGCAUCGGCAACAUCCACGGCGACUACGGUCCCAAGGGCCCCGAGCUCGACUACGAGCGGCUGGCCCGCAUCAACGGGCAGAUCGGCGGCCGCGUGCUGAUGGCGCUGCACGGCACCAACGACUUCAGCGCGGACAUCCUGCAGCGGUGCAUUCGAAACGGGGCGAUCAAGCUGAAUGUGAACAAGCUGCUCCUCGAGGUCUGGAACGUCCACCUGCAGGAGAACGCAGCGAAGAAGCCGCUGUCGCAGCUGAUGGAGGACGGGAUGAACAUUCUGCAGGAGGAGGUUGAGCGGUGGAUCGACAUAUGCGGCAGUGCUGGAAAGGCUUGAAGGGGAGGAAUAAGAGGGCUGUGAGUGUAUGUAUGCAUGUAUAUUAAAAAGGAAUCAAUGUGAUUCUACACACAAGAUCAGCGAAAAGAAAAAAAAAGCUGCUUUGCAAAUUAGUUGAUCGA